CCAGGCAGCAUCACUCCUUGCACCACUCACACAUCGACCAUAGCACCGUGACGAAGCUCUGCGCUUGUCCUUAGCCUACUCACUCACUCACUCGUCGUCACCAGAUGCUUCCUCACCUUCUCACCUAGACGCAACACUCUCCAAGGGCACCUCAUCCCGGCCAUCUGUCGGCGGUGUCCCGGCUGGUGUCGCAGCAACACCAGGGCGGCGCGCCAGAGCAUCUUGCUUCGAGCCCGUCCCCUGUCCCAUAACCUCUUCACUAACUAGUCAUGUCUCUGCAACCAUCAUCGCGGCAUCCCCUGGGAGGCAUCUCUAGAUCGACAUCGCCCACAGGACCUGGCUACCAGUCGACCUCCUUUCCUUUCCAUGGCGCCGCCUCGUCGUCAAGUGGACAUCUGACUCCCUCUGCCGAUGCGUCUGUAUCUGGUACACCGCCUCGGUCCCAUUCACCUAUGCUCACAUCCAGACGGAGGAGAAACCAGCUCACAAAUGACGCCGGUGGUCCAGCCAGCGGGACCCUCGCGCUAGACCAAGACGACGAGUACGAUGCCAAGCGCAGAGGCCCUGAGGCUGGCCCUUCGCGGCCGAGGGGUACGACGCUGGACCGGCUCGAAUCCUUCUUUGGCAUAGACUCGGGUAUGGAGGCGAAUCGGUCUCUUUCUCCCGCCAAGGCUACCUACAGCCGAGACAGAGGUACAGCCGCUCCGAUGAAACCUUCCUCAUCCUCUACUGGCAGCCCAGGGACAAGACUGGUUCUCCAACAUACAGUCCUCGCAACGGACACGCUUCAGGGCAUUGCUCUUCGAUACAAGACGGACGUUCCCACAAUCAGGAAAGUCAAUGGCCUGUGGCCAGGGGAUAGCGCUCUCAGUCGGAAGAUCAUCUGGGUGCCGCUGGACAGAUGCAAAGAGCAAUUGACCGUCAAUCCUGAUGCCAGAGUCGGCGUCCAAGGGGCUGAUGGUGGAUCAGUGACCGAGGCAGCUUCAUCCUUGCUUGGUCUUAGUCCGCCAAGCGAGCCUUCUGCACAUUCCGGCGUAGCUUCAUCACCCCUUCAUGAGCGGACACUACCCUCCACGGGAGCUUCUGAAAUCUCAGACCUCUCCUCCUCCAAUGGCCUACCAACUAACGGCGGCGGUGACUCUCCUCCUGUCGUGCGGAGAUUGCCCUCAGAGGCACUCGGCCACUUUCCUGCCACGGCACGGAGUGACAUAUUGGCUGCCAAGGGCAAGACGAGGGCCGACCAAUGGAACGAAGAGCUCACUUCUGCAAGAUCGCAAAAUCGUUUAGGGGCCGGGCCUGGCAUGAGUGGAUAUGAUCCGGGCGAGAGCGGAGUAGAGGAUCUCUUACAGCUGGCUCGGGAAGCGAGGGGGACCGGAGAGAACAGCGAGACUCCCAGAGGCCCAGCGUUCAAAUUGAGCCUUCCGGAAGACAUCAAGCCAGAGGAGAGUCGCUCAGAGGUCUCGUCGUCAUCAGCAGCUGAAAAGGACGAGUGGAAACCGAAUGUGUGGAAAUUUGGCGAGAAGAAGCGGAGCGGAGCAGCAGGAGGCUCUACUCUGGACGAAGGCAGCCGACGAGACAGCUUGGAAUCUUCAGCCUCCAACCUUGCGUCCGGCUCGAACAAUGCCUCCACGAGCCCUCAGCGUGCUCUCCGCCCGCUCAAGCUGGUCGACAAGAGCAUCGAAGAAUGGGAGGCCUCGAGCAAUGUAGGUAAGCCUUCUGGCUCGCGAGGGGAUGCGACCUCUGCUACGUCCCCUGGCUCCUCAAGCAGCGGCUACGCAGGCUGGAAUGAUAUCCCUUCUCUUGAUGCUUACGCAAAGGGAAAAGUCGUCGAGGCAUAUGGUGGCAGUGGAAAGGGGGCAAACGGAAAGCGUCGAGCAGCGCGUGCCAACCAUCGAUUCUUUGACGAUCUUGCAGCUGGUCUGCCACCAAACUCAGGUGCUGCGAGCAAGUGGGCCAGACCCAUCGGCGAGUCCCUGCCAGGUGCGACAACACAGAAGGCCUCAUCUUCGUCCAAUGGACCUUCGCUCAGCUCUGCUGCUCCGGCGGGCAAGAAGUCCAGUCUGAGGGGGCUACUCAGCGAUGCGCUUCGUGGGAGGGUAGCUCUGGACGAAGCGCUGGCAAAGGGAUUCGAAGAAGUUCUGAAUCGGAGUGAAAGCUGGGACUCUUUGCCUCAGGAAGAGAUGGAGCAGGCUCGACGCUUAGGUCUCCUUCCACCUUCCGGUCAAGCAUCACCAAGCUUGAGAGGACCCCCCUCCCGUUUCAAUCCCCUUCCUCCAAUGUACUCGGAUCGGCCUCGGAUCUCAGCGGAGGAAGCCAGAAGGACACUAGGACGGCGCCAGUCUCCCGAGGGGUCAAAUCACGUCCCACAGGCCAUGCCGGAGGGGCAUUCAGGCUCAUCUGUGCUGCCGCCUACCACUGCUGACUCGCAGCAGCGCCGAGCUCAGAUGGAGAUGGAGAGUCUGGAUGCGAAUCAUCAUAGCAGACGCAAUGUAUAUAAUGUUCCGGCGGUCGAGGGUGGAGGGAUAGAAGGCAGUAGAGGUGGCUCUCUCGCUCCUCCGUCAGGGAGUGGCGUGGGUCCCAUGCUGAGGAAGACCUCGAACAGGAACCUUGCUACUGCGAAUGGGAGCGGAAGUGGGAGGGGGGCUGACGGGGUAGAAGGCAAGUGGGGAUGGUGAGGUGCACGCAGCGGGGAUGUCGCUGACUGCUGCCUCAGCUCUCUAGCAUGGUACUCUCUGCGUGAGGGAAUAUGUCAACCAUCUGCUGUCAAC